AUGACAUCCAACACCAACAUUGACCUCUAUACCGCUGGCACACCUAACGGCCACAAAGUGCACAUUGCCUUUGAAGAGCUAGGUCUGAAAUAUAACGUCCACAAGAUCGAUAUUUCCAAGAACACGCAGAAAGAAGAAUGGUUCUUGAAGAUCUGCCCCAACGGCCGUAUCCCUGCCAUGGUCGACAAGACCUCAGGUAAGGACAAGCGUGUCUUUGAAGGUGGUGCCAUGCUCCUCUACUUGACCGACAAGUAUGACAAGGACAACAAGAUCAGCUUCGACCAUGACAGUGAUGAGUACUGGGAGACUGUCGAGUGGAUCGUUUGGAUGCAGUCGGGUCUUGGACCAAUGCAGGGACAAGCGAACCAUUUCUACAGAUAUGCACCCGAGAAGAUCGAGUAUGGCAUCAACCGCUACCAGACCGAGACCAAGCGUCUUUACCAAGUCUUGAAUGAUCGUCUUGCUCAGCAAGAAAAGGCAGGCCAAGGACUCUGGCUCGUUGGUAACAAGUUCAGCAUCGCUGACAUUGCCUGCUUCUCUUGGGUCAACUGGGGUGCUUGGGCUGGUAUUGAGACCAAGCCUUUCCCUGAGAUUGAGAGAUGGCUGGACGUCAUCAACGCACGUCCUGCUGUACAGAAGGGUGUCAACAUUCCUGACGAAUUCAAAUUGAAGGAGAUUAUGAGCUCAAAGGAGAAAUCUGAGGAGCAUGCUAAGAAGGCCAGUGCUUGGGUGAUGAAGGGCCAGGAGGAAGAUCAGAAGAAGCAUGCCUGA